AUGACAAUUUGUUGUUGCAGCCACGAAACGGAGCUCCUCAUGGAAAACUCAUGUCCAGCGGAGCCCUCAAUCAGGAUCACGCCUGACCAGCAGCAAAGGUUGCGUGAGGCUUAUAGUUCACCCAUGCGUCCAUCGCAAUACACGCGGGGGACUGAAGACCGCGUGGACAAUGAGCGAGCAGAUGCAGACAACGAUAAGAGCGAGAAGGAGACGCCGCGUCAAGCCGCCGUUCGUCGCGAGCACGAGCGCGUGAGCAUGGAGACGGUGCUACUAAAUCGUCGCUGGGUCUUCCACUGUGCGUCGCCGUUGUUCUAUUUCCACCGCGAUAAACUCAGCGCAUAUGCACACGAUCUGGUCAAGACUCUGCGGGCGGCGGCACUUCGAGCAUGCGGCCAGCAAUUUGGCUACAGUGUGAACAUUCGCACUACCGAUACAUUCGUAGCUUUUCAGAUCCGAGAGGAGCGCGAACAACGUUGUAGUAGAGCAGCCACGACGGGGGUUUCGACGCCAGAGAGAGAGGCGUCAGAACGCUCUGGGGGGUUUGUGCUGUACUUCCCAACGGAAGAGGAACAGCAAGUACCUCGUAAAGGACGUGAGAAACAACAGGUGCUACUAUUAAGAGGAGACGAAGAGCUCUUGCGAUGGGUCUGUUCGUGGUUGCAACGGCGCUUCCAGUGUGUGGUGAGUGCACACGUCGUGCGUAUCCAGCAGCUGAACCUCAAGCGCUUGGCGCGCAAUUGGGUCGUGGCGAGUUUAGUGGCAGAAGGAGAAAGACUGUCAAGGGCUCGACAUGACAUGAAUAACCAGGAAGAGGAAUUUUCUCGCGGCAGCUUCAUGACCGCGCAAGAACCACUGCGAGCACCACUACUACUGAAGUAUCGUGCGACAAAAGCAGAGGAUGUCGUGCGCACGUACACACUUACAGUGCCCUGGGCAACUCUGCGUCGACUCUUUCAUCAUACGAAAAACGCACCAGGAGAUAAUCGUCCGUCGACUUACGUGCCAGAGCUUAUUGAGUUAACAGAACGUCUGUACGUUGAUACGUUGCCAUUUGAUCUGUCUACUUACGAGAUCGAGCGAAUUGAGUUGCAAGAAGUGGCCAUUGACCUGGACGGAGGCGUGGAACUUUACAGCAUGGACCUUGUGCACACUGUACUGUUCAGUCUGCUGGAGCUGCUAGCACUUCAGGAUGUUAUAACGGCUUCACGUCUGGAGACGACACUCUGA